AUGUCCACCACCACCACCACCACUACUACUACCACAACCACCAACUUUGCCGUUGACAAAGAGGCAAAGGAGCGGCAGGUCGCCACCAGGUUUGAAACCAAGGACCUCGUGACUUUUGAUGAAAACAUCGUCUAUGGCGACUGGAGGGACGAGUUCCACAAGAACGGCUGCGUCUUGAUCAAGGGUGUCAUCACCCCCGAGAAGGCCAAAUACUACGCCGACAAGCAAAUCCAAUGGCUGAAGAACUUUGAGCUUGGUUUUGACGAGAACGACCCCAACACAUGGACCGCCGAGCACCUGCCCGUCAGCUUCAAGGGCGGCAUGUACUUUGCAUACGGCUCCACCCACGAGAAGAUGGCAUGGGAGGCUCGCAGCGAACCCGCCAUUAUUGACAUUUUCACCAAGCUCUGGGGCACCAACGAGCUUAUCAGCUCGUUUGACGGCAUGAACAUCUCUCUUCCAAACCGUAAAGACCUCAACUGGAGCCCAUGGCCUCAUUGCGACCAGAACCCCCGCCGCAAGGGCAUGCAAGCCGUGCAGGGUCUACUUAACUACUCCCCCAACGGUCCCAAGGACGGAGGUCUCAUGCUCAUGAAGGGUUCUGCCAAGCUCUUCAACGAGUUCUUCUCACACAAGCGCGAGUCUGCCGACCACGAGGACGCACCACCCCCUGAGCUUGAGUACAUGGACCUCUUCCUCUUUAGCGAAAAGGACCUCAAGUGGUUCGAGGAACGCGGCUGCGAGAUGUUCAAGGUCGACAUGGAGCCCGGCGACUUUGUGCUGUGGGACUCGCGGACCAUCCACUACGCCCGCCUCCCCGAAGGCAACCAGAUCCGCAACGUCCAGUACAUCUGCAUGACGCCGCGAAAGUUUGCUGAGCCCGAGGCCCUCGAGGCCAAGAAGUACUGCUUCGAGAACUUUAUCGGCACCACCCACUGGCCGCACUGCAACAUCAGGGUCGUGACCGACAAGCCCAUGAGGGACGGAAAGGUGUGCCCCAAGUACAGGACAGAACCGUUUGAGAAGCCAGAGGUGAACGACACUAUUUUGAAGCUGGCUGGAGUUAAACCAUACCAUUGA